UGAGGGCCUGAGACAACCCCAACGAGUCAUUCCACUCCACCACGAGCUUGGACAGGGUAAGAACAUCUGAUUGAUUACUUGAAGGACACGGUGAUUUGCUGGUAGGUUUGCGUUCGAGGUUCGGCUUAAGCUUGUUAUUGUUUCACGGGUUAUUUUACGGUUUAUGGUUGAUUAGAAGUGAGAGAUCAGACUAUCAGGGUAUCAGGUUAUCUUAGUGAUGAGUGAGUCGGUAAUCCAUUUAUACAACUUGAGCCAUGUGUUGACCACAGGGCCGAUGUCUAAGAAGUAUGCGGUUGAGUUUGCAGACGUUGCUAAUCAUCAACAGAUCAAUUUACCGGAGGUGAUUGAUGAUGCUUUUUGCAAUGGAUGUGGUGUCAUAAGUAUACCGGGAAUCACUAGUUCAUCUAGAAUUAGUUAUCGGAAACUGAAGACGAAGAAGAAGAAGAAGAAUGCUAGUCGACGUUUAGUUAUACGGUGUCUCGAAUGUAAUCACACCAAGGAACAUGAUUCGCUAGUGACCCAAUCGAUUAAACCGAUUAAUUCAAGUAGCAGCGAUGUUAGUAAUAAAAAGCAAUCCCGUAAACGUAAAACCAAUGAUUUAUCGAGUUUAUUGGCAGCUAAGAAGAAACAAGAAACGAAAAAGACUUCAUUAGAUCUAAUGGAGUUUAUGAAAUGAACGUAAUGACUUACAAUACUCUUACAAAUGAAAAUAAUAUACCCAAGAUUACAUUAAAAAGCUUGAAAAAGAUUUACUUAAACGUUCAGUGGAAUAGAUUGAUUGUCUAUUUUCAUUAACUU